GAGGUUUGACUUGAUUUUGACUUCCAUAGACAUAUAUCGCUUUGUCUUGCUCAUCUGUAGUACUAACAGUGACAGUAGUGACCAAGCUACUGCGAUCUGACCGCCUGGUGUCCCCGAGUGACCCUCCUACAAGUCCAGUACGACUCCAAUUCUAGUGCGACAAACACGCAGACGCUAUGACUACAUGCUCCGAUGCCCCCCUUGUGUCCACACCGAUGCGACUCUCCACCAUGGGUUCUGCCCCUCCCGUUUCAGGCCCAGAAAUCGAUUUUCAACGCCCUCGAGCUGAAAGUUUUUUUCGGUUCAUAUCAAUGCCAUCUACUCCUUUACGCCGCUAUGGCGUGUGGUCUUCUUCGCCAGGCUUUCAGCAGCUAUCUUGCGUGUAUUCUGCGCCUUACACUGAAUCCUGGGCUGAACAACAGUUGUCCUCUUCGCCGAGCCCCCUCCCCAAGAUCCCUACUCUGCCCAGCUGCUGCCUAUCACCUUCGACUCAUAAUGCUGAAGGAACGCCGUUCGAUCGACAUUUCAACUUGUCACAAUCCUGGCAAAGCUCCGACACCGACAUCUCUCCCAUAGCUAGAAGGAUGUCUGAUGACGCAUUCCCACGUGAAGGCGGAGACUCUUCUCAUCGGUUUUCUGGAGGAUCUUGUGUCGCAAGUCCGUGGUCACUGAUGCAAAAGCUUCCUGCUUUAUAUUCCUCCGGUCCUCGUACCUUCUCUCCGGAAAGUCCUGCCAUGCAUGCUAGCGAACGGUCUUGGUCUCCUGUCUCCUGUCUCUCUGCGCUUACUCCCCUUUCUUCUCCCGAGCACCCCUUUAGUGACAAUGUUCCUGGCGGUUUGUCUUGCGUUUCUCCAACGCGCUCACCCAUUUUUGGACGGAAUGCAACUACCGAUCAUUCGAAAGACAACCAUGGGCUAGAAUCUACUUUUCGACGCUCGCUUCGUACUGCUAGCCGUGUGGCUUCCGUGCGGAGUUGCAAGCACCCCCUUCCGGAAAACCACGAUGAGAAACUGCCUUCAGGCCGGACAAGACGCGCACAUACUUAUGGCGGUCCCACUGCUACCGGCCUUACUUCUCAGACUCAGGAGGCCCAAUCCUUUGCCAUAUCAUCACAACGUCGCCUUCCUCCAGAGGUUUCCCGCAGCUCGGAUUUUUCUUUAUUCUAUCGACGUUAUCCUAUAAGUUCAUUUCUGCAACUUGAUGCUGACGAAGCUUCCCUUUUCAAUCGUUUUAAACACCCUGGUGGUAUCUACAACCCUCCCCGCGAUCCACGAGAUUUGUACACUCCCCGCUUUGUUAAAGGCACAGGUAGGUCCAAGAUAGGCCUGUGUCCCAUCUGCAUCGAAAGCCCUUCGCGCGGUGGCAGGGGACAGAAAAUAUGGCUAUCCACGAAAUUCUCUGCGUUCAAGUGGUCACUAAGUUUUCCCUCCCAACCAUACGAUUAUGCUAACAUCUCUUUACAGCGUAAUCUCGCAAUCUCUCCUUCAUGAUAUCACUUAUCGUUUUCUCCAGCUACCAUAUGCAGUUUGCGCACGGAGUGUCAGCAACAACUGGACGUCCAUUUUCACCUCCACUGUCAUACAGGACGACUACUCGCCUCCACCCGCUCAAAACCGAACGAUCCGAGAUUCUUGAGGGAAGGUGUCAUAAAUGCAAGAAGUGGGUCCCCGUCGAAAGUAUCAAAGAUUGCG